GCGACAUAUAUGCCCCAGAAGGUGCUACUAUUUUACUUUGAAAUCAUAAGACCAGAAAUACCACGAUAUUAAAUGAAAUCUGUGAAAUGUUAAGCGACGAGUGUUAAAUAAAAAUGCCAAGAAAUGUUUCUAAGAAAACGAGACCUACGCCUGAAAUCGUCGCGUAAACAAGUGUCCUACAUUUCAUACCUUUUCUCAAAUGGAAGAAAGUUUCGUAUAUGUACCUCUUUUUAAAGGAUCAUAAUAAAAAAAUUGUGAUGGAAAAUAUUAUCAGGCUUUGUGGUGUGAAAAUCGAUUGAAAAACUAUUAUGUAUACAUUAAUAGAGAUAGCUUUGAGCUUAGCAGUGCUAGCCACUUUGGUCACUAUCCUCUCGGGAUGCGUUUGUGGCUGCAAGAACUCCAACCAAAAAAGUGAGUUGGUUGGUACGGCCGGUGUGGUCAAAAUCCGUUUGGAUGAGGAGGUACCAUCUCCAACACCCACCACUCCGGCCUCCAUCAAACGAGCAUCUACACAAAACAGCCAACGUAGUUUGCCAGAAAUCCCACAUCCUGUGGGAAGACAUGACAGUGGUGACACAGCAUCCGAAAUUUACGCGACAGUUAAUUUAGAUGAAGGAAAUAAAACCGCAGUGGUAGCGUCUACGAGCCGAGACCAUCCCUACGAACAUGCCUAUGCUAAACUUCAAAACGAAACUCACAAUGUAAUCGUGGAAAUAACACCUGAUGAACGGUCGGAUAAUGACAUACAAAUUGAUGAAAGGGAAGCGGCUUCUUCAUCCGCCGCCGAGGCCGUGCUCAUAUCGGCGUCGGUGGCGAUCAGCGGGCAGCUGCCGUCGAGCCAGGAGCUGCCCUACAUCACGCCGCCCUCGCCGCGCCCCGAGCCCGUGCACUUCAGCGGCGACUCCACCGACUCCGCCAAGGGCUACACGAGCAUCUCGGUGCGAGAGCCGCUGAGCAACAUCCGCGCGCAGAGUGUGAAACCCGCGCAGCCGCACUACGCUACCGUCUCCGACGACUCGGAUGAGAUGUAUGCAGCAAUAGAGGAGGCAAGCGUAGGUGAGGGCUCGGACACGUACGCGCAGAUCGCGCCCGAGCCGCGCCGGCGGGAGCCGCCCGCCGCGCCCGCGCCCCCCGCGCCGCCCGCGCCGCCCGCCGCGCUGCAGGCCGACGUCACGCACCACGCCAGAAGGAGUGCUCCACCUGAAAUUGGAGCAUCUACAUCUACAGCUACACAUUCACGCCAAGCGUCGAUGUCAUCUUGCUCAAACUCGACGGGAGCACUGGGAUCGCCUAAACCAGAGAAGCGACAGGCCAACUCUCCGCUGCCACCGCCACCGCACCCUUCGCACGCACCACACACCGCACACGCCACCCACGCCACGCACGUUGCGCACGCUACGCACGUUGCUCACGCCACACACGCCACGCACACACACGUUGCGCACAGUACCCAUGCCGCACACGGCACACACGCAGCGCACGUUUCGCACGCCUCACAUCCGCCUCGCACCGCGGAUACACUUGCGCAGAGACAUCAGAGGAUAUCUAGUACUGGUGACCUCCAUUUUAAUCACGACAAACUACGCCGCAGUCUCAAUGAGAAACAUCAAAGGAACAACAGUUGCGUUAGUUCUUCCGACUUUUAUGGUUGUAAUUAUCCGGUUGAGAAACAUCGGUUUAGCUCCGGCGACCUCAUACGACCGCUUGUAGCCCGAGAACUGAACUUUGAUAUUGACCAAAAAGAGAAUCCCACCGACAACUUUUAUAACUCUAUCGAUGGUCCCGGCUACAGUGAUUAUGCUUCAGCAGAAGCCAACAACAGUAUCAACUCGGAGCAACGAGCUACAGAAAGUCCUUCCCGAAAUGUAGAGGAAAUGUACGCCAAAGUAAUGAAAAAAGCUAAAGCGAAAGAAGAAUCAGUGUGGAAAUCAAAGGACCCCACAAACACCGAAACUGAAACGAAAGUACUAAAGUAUCGAAGUGACGAUCCCGGAUAUGAAACUAUAGAUCGGAAGCAAUCUGUUAAUCACGGUUAUGAGACUAUCGCACGCAAGGAACGGAAAGGCUCCAAUCAGGAUCCAGGUUACGAAACGGUCAAGGACACAAAUAAAGCCGGCCCAGCUAAAUACCCUAAUAACAAUUUAUCGAAAUUAAAUAAUUUGAAUGCUGACAGUGGUCCGAACAGUAUUUUAAGUAGUGAUGCUGGCUACGAACAUAUUUCGAAGACAGAUGCCAAUGCUUCCGAUUCUGAUCCCAAUUAUGAAGUGCUUAGAAAUCAACCACCGACACCGCCUUAUGCAACUAUUGCUCCUGACUACAAAGUCCAACCUACAUACUCAACAGUUAAUAAGAGGACAGGAAAAUAUAACAAUUGGUCUGGUAACAAUAAUGAUGAUUCUACUUUGGAACCAAAUUACGAAUCGAUGACGCACGAACCUUUUUAUAAUACUGGAAGUGAGUCUGAUUCUAAUUAUGAAUCUGUUCGACCAAAAGAUUCCAGUUUUGAAAGUCAGGAUCCUAAUUACGAAUCGUUGAGAUGCAAGGAUCCUAAAUAUGAAUCUGUGCGAUCAAAAGAUUCUAAGUACGACUCAGUAAGAUCUAAAAAAGAUCCAAACUAUGAAAGUGUAAAAUAUUUCGAAUUAUCUAAAAGAGAACCGCCUUACGAGAAGGUCAACAACGAUACGGCUGAAAGCUCUGGUAUCGACAGAUCUGAUUCGUCAGCGGGUUACGAGAAGAUUAACAUUCAAAAAACGAAGGACUCAAAAAACAGUAUUAAUAAUGGAGCCGAUUGCACUGUUAGUGAUUAUUUCCAAGUUUAACAUUUGAUAUAAAGUAUUUUUUUUUUACUUGUAAUGGACCUACGAGUGCGUCAUAAAUGUAGUUAAGUGUUUGACGACAUACCUAGGAGUAACUUUGAGAUUUUGUGCUUUUUAUUUAUUUAUAUUUUUACAAAUAUACUGUGUAUAGUACCUCAAAGAUAGAUGUAACCUAAUAUCUUCCUUAGGUAUCUGUGAUAUAUAUUGUGAGUAUGAAAAUUGUCUUACUCACUUAAGUUUUAAGUUCGACGUCAAUGUUGUUUAUGUUUUAUCAAAAUGCAGGCUUUUAAAACAUUUGUAAUCUCCAUUUAUUAGUGUGUUCAUAUUUAAAAAACAGGUGUAAUACACGUGAUUAUAUAUACAUAACAUGUACAAAUUGUAGAGUGUACAUAUAUUUGGACGUAGUGUGUAACAGCUAGAAAUAUGUUUUUUAAAUGUAUCUUUAUCGUCUACCAAAAACAUCGUAACAAAAGUUGAAACAUUUUGAUCGAUGUUUGAACUUAUUUCGUUUUUUUUAUUUGUUUAUCCAAAAUGACACGGCAGACAGUCAAAUUAUUUGUUUUAAACUGAUGUAAACUCACUGAAAUAACGUGACAUUUACCAUAUCACACAUUUUUGCAUCCAAAUAAUUUUUAUCAAGUAGCGCCCAUCCAUCCUUCUUUCCAACUAGAGAAAUAGAAAUAAUAUUUCGUUUUAUUAUUGUACAGGCAUUUAAUAUGAAUUUAGUGAAUUUUAAGCAAUGGGCAUUUAAAAGCCAAAAUCGUAUUUGAAUCGAAAUAUUUAACGGUUCUAUAUAUUAAACACAAAACUGAUUCUAAUAUAUUUCUUGUAGUAUAUGAUAUAUUUUGUUUUUAUUAAUGGUUAUGUUUUGUUAUCGAUACACAAAGUAUGUUAUAAUUAUUUUUUAAGUAUUUUAAGUUAAUUUAUCAUCCGUCUCGGUUAAAUAAAAAAUAUGAUAGGUGACUUAUAAAGUAGUACCUGAUCUUUUGUUUUAAACAUAUAAUUUAUAAUGAACUGUUUUAAAUUUAAUUUUUGAUAAAUACUUACAUCGUAGUGAAACCCAUACUUGGUAGUAUUAUUAUUAUUAAAUGUAUAAUAUUAUAUUCAAUAAAAGCUAUUAUUACACGUCUUUAUAAUACAAAAUACUCUUGAUCGUAAUGAUUGUAUGUUACUUUUGGUGCUAAUCAUCACUACAAAACAAAUUUCUAAAUACAAUUUACUUUUCUCGGAUUCAUUGUUAUAUUGACGCCAACACACAACUAUUUGUUAAAUAUUAACUUGUACAUUAAAUAUAUAAGUUCAACGUAUAACCUAACAGCAGGUGAUAUUUAA